GUUCUCUCUUUCAAGAAGGCGAUUGCACAGAGACAGGGAGAGAGAGUAGAGAGAGAAAGGGUAGAGAGAGAAGGAGGGAGAAACGACAGCCUCAGAAACAGCAGAAGACAGACAGAGAUAGAGAGAAAGAACAAGAGAGGAGGAAUUCACGAGUCAAGGUUUUCUUUCUUUUUUUUUUCUGCGAUCCCACUGAAGAGGAAAACGAUGUCUAAGGGGUAUCAGAAUGCACUCUUUUACAGUUACCUGCUGCGACUAUAAGAGCUGAGCAAAGAAGAAGGUGAGGGGAUUGAGUUAACAAGAGAUCGAUGAUGAUGAUGAUGAAGAGGAAGAUAUGGGAAUAGCAACGCCGCCGUUUCAUUCUCUUACCUCGCACAGCUCCAAAGAUCACAAUUCCCUUCAAUUCUUGGACAACUCAAAUUCUAUGUCCCAGGAUUUUCACCAGGGUAUUUUCAGUUUCUCAAAUGGAUUACAAGAACAGCAACAACAACAACACCUAACGCAGCAGAUCCCAAGAGAUAAACUGAGGGUUUUUCAAGGCUUUAAUCCUCCGCCGCCGUUAGUAGGCGUUGAAGAAGAAGAAACCGGAGGCCUCCCGGUUUAUGAAACCGCUAGUAUGUUGUCGGAGAUGUUCAAUUUACCCACCGGUGGCGCCGCCUCAGCUACUGAAUUGCUAGAGAACCAGAUAUCGCAGAGUUACCGGAAUCCGAGGGCAGCGCAGCUACUCUCCUCCGCGGAUUGGUUUUCACAUGGUCAAGGUUUGGUGGUGGGUGGUGGUUUGGGAGGCUCAAAGAAUCAGAUUGUAGUCAGUAACAGUACUGCUCCUCCUCACCAUCAUCAUCAUAACCAGAUUUCAAGAAUUAAUGGCGAUUCCAUGCAGCUUUUUCUCAUGAACCCACAACAGCAAAGAUCUCCCUCUCCCUCUCCUCCUCCUCCUUCCUCCACUCUCCACAUGCUGCUUCCACACCCCUCUUCUUCUUCUUCUUCCACUCUCCAGGCUUUUCAGACCGCAUCCGGCCAAUUCACAUGGGUCUCCAACACCGGAGAUGUGAACAACCCUAAUGAAAUUCCGGGAGUUGUGGAAGGCCAAGGGCUUUCUUUGUCGCUGUCUUCUUCAUUACAGCGCUUGGAAGCCGUGGCAAAGCCUGAGGAACUGAGGAUAGGAGAAGGAGGGCUGAUGUUUUUUGGCCCUGGCGGAGGCGGAGGGGGCGCGUUGCAUUUGCAAGGCGGACUGAGUCAGAACCACGUAGGGCUUGGGUCUUCGUUUGAUGGGGUAAAUAUGCUGAGGAAUUCUAAAUACGCAAAGGCAGCGCAAGAGUUGUUAGAAGAAUUCUGCAGCGUGGGUAGGGGUCAGUUUAAGAGAAGCAAAUUCGGUAACAGUAACAGAAACCCUAAUUCAAACCCAAGUGGUGGCGGUGGCGCCACCAGUGGCGGUUCCGGUGGCGGAAACACGUCUUCUUCUAAAGAUCUUCCCCCCUUAUCAUCUUCUGAGAGGCUCGAGCAUCAGCGAAGAAAGGUCAAACUGCUGUCUAUGCUUGAUGAGGUGGAUCGAAGGUACAACCAUUACUGCGACCAAAUGCAAAUGGUGGUGAACUCAUUCGACAUGGUGAUGGGCCUGGGGGCGGCGGUGCCGUACACCUGUCUGGCGCAGAAGGCCAUGUCCCGGCAUUUCCGUUGCCUGAAGGACGCCAUCGCCAGCCAGUUAAAGCACAGCUGCGAGGUGUUAGGGGAGAAAGACGCAGCGGCAGCCUCGGGGCUGACGAAAGGUGAAACGCCGAGGCUGAGAAUCCUGGAGCAAAGCCUGAGACAGCAAAGAGCCUUCAAUCAAAUGGGAAUGAUGGAACAAGAAGCGUGGAGACCUCAGCGGGGGCUGCCUGAACGUUCUGUCAACAUUUUGAGGGCAUGGCUUUUCGAACAUUUCCUGAACCCGUAUCCGAGUGAUGCAGAUAAGCUUCUCUUGGCCCGACAGACUGGUCUAUCAAGAAACCAGGUUUCAAACUGGUUCAUUAAUGCCCGGGUCCGGCUAUGGAAACCCAUGGUGGAAGAGAUGUACCAGCAAGAAGCCAAAGAAGACACUGAACAGCGAGAGCGGGACCAAAGCAGUACCAGUACUGGUCCAGCCCACAAUGCACAAACCCCAACGCCGCCUCAUCCCUCCACCACCACCACCACCACCACCACCACCGGCGCCGCAGCAUUUACUCCUCCGCCAGGAGGAAGAUCCGAAAUCAAUGCCCACGAAAGUGACCCGUCAUUCGUCGCAAUUAAUGCCCACUGCUUCUCUGAAAACCAAGCCAAGUUGCAGCACGUUGCCAAGAACAAUGAUUCCCUACCUGCGGGGGCCACCCCACUCGCCGCCGCCUCUUCCACUACGGCGCAGCCAGCUUCUCGCGCUGCCUUGAAUGCUGGUAUUGAAUCUAGGGUUAUGAGGUUCGGGACGGGUGCGGGUGACGUGUCCCUCACUCUAGGGCUACGUCACGCCGGAAAUCCGACGGAGAAGGGUUCCUUCACCGUUAGAGAUCACUUCGGCGGCUUGCCCUUGAGAUUUUAAUUUAUAUAUACGUACUUACGGUACUUAAAUAAGAAAAUUAAUUAUUAAUUAAUCUCGUCACCUUUUUUUUUUAAUUAGUAUAAUAUUUUUUCUUCGAAUUAACUAGGUUUGGUUUUUCUUAAUUUGUCCUAGACAAAACACAUUAUAUCGAGAACUAAAACGUAGAAAGAAAUGUUAGGAAAGGUGUACGAGGUACUAUUGUAAUUGUAUAGUUUAACUUUUAGACCUUUAUAAAUUUUCUUUAAUAUGUGUAUUUGAUUAA